GCCUCUGCAGCUCCACCAAACUUCACUACCAGCUGCUUGCCCACCUUUCCUUUUCUUCUUUUCUUCAUCUUCUUCCUCCCCUGCUCUGCUCACUUGUUUGGUGGGGGCGAGCUCGCACUGCAGUGUUUCGAGGGGCCAUGUCGACAAUGAAGGGCGUCGACGGCGAGUUCCUCGGCGUCGGCGACAAGCCAGGGCUGAAUAUCUGGUGUAUUAUGGGCACCAGUGUAGUCCCAAUUGCAAAAUCCUUGCAUGGCAAGUUCUACAAUGGGAACUGCUAUAUCAUACUCCAUACAGCUGAAGUCAAGAGCGGAACUCGAAGGCAUAAUGUGCAUUACUGGAUAGGGGAGGAGGCCAAAGAGGAAGAUUGUUUGAUGGCCUCUGACAAGGCCGUUGAGUUGGAUGCGGCGCUGGGCUCUCACGCGAUCCAGUACAGGGAAACACAAGGCGAAGAAUCCGACAAGUUCUUGUCAUACUUCAAACCAUGCAUCAUCCCUGUACAAGGUAGCUUCUCUUCGCACUGGAGAAGAUCUGGGGAUGAAUGCGACGGGACCACGAUGUUUCGGUGCGAAGGAGAGCAUGUAGCUCGUCUAAGAGAAGUUCCAUUUUCGCGGUCCUCUCUGGAUCAUAAGGCGGCAUUUAUAGUGGACACACCAUCCAAGAUUUUCCUUUUCAGCGGUUGUAAUUCUUGCGUACAAACAAGGGCUAUGGCACUAGAUGUCAUAAAGCAUUUGAGAGAAAACCGACACUGCGGCAGAUGUGAGAUCGGGAUAAUAGAGGAUGGAAAGCUUGCUGGUGAUUCAGAUGCUGGUGAGUUUUGGAACCUCUUUGGAGGUUAUGCGCCUAUUCCUCGUGAUGUACCAGACGCAGCCAAUGGGGGACCGAUGACUACCUCACCCAAGAAACUUUUUUGGAUUAACAAGAGAAUCCUUGUUCCCAUGGAGGCCCAGUUUUUAGAAAGAGAAAUGCUGAAGUCUGACAGAAGUUACAUACUGGACUGUGGAGCUGAAAUAUUCUUGUGGAUAGGGAUGACAACACUAGUUUCAGAGAAGAAGACAUCUGCUACCGCAUUAGAGGAGUACGUACACUUACAAGGCAGAUCAUCAAUUGGCCGCACUGUUAUAAUGACUGAAGGUCAUGAAAUUGCCGAUUUUAAGCUGCAUUUUCAGCAUUGGCCAAAGAAUGUUGUGCAGAAGUUGUAUGAGGCAGGGCGGGAGAAAGUGGCAGCAAUUUUCAAGCAUCAGGGCUACGAUGUUGCAGAAAUUCCAGAUGACAAUCCUCGGCCGCUCAUCAGUAGUAAUGGUUGUCUUAAGGUCUGGCUGGUAGACCGUGGUUGUGUAACCCUCCUUUGCACCGAGGAGCAGGAGCAACUAUACAAUGGAGACUGCUAUAUCAUACAGUACAGCUACGCUGAAGAUGGAAAAGAUUAUCAUCUGUUCCUUGCUUGGUUUGGACAGGAUAGUGUACAGGAAGAUAGAGUUGCCACAGUUUCAUUGAUGUCAAGCAUGGCUGAUUCAGUCAAAGGGCGUGCAGUUGUGGGGCAAGUGCUUGAGGGCAGAGAACCAGAGUUGUUUUUCCUAGUAUUCAAGUCAUUGAUCAUAUUCAAGGGUGGCAGGAGUACUGCAUAUAAGAACUCUAUUCUGCAGAAAAGCAAUAGAACUGAACUGUACCAGAAAGAUGGGGCCGCAUUAUUCCGGGUUCAAGGGCUGAGACCUGAUUGCAUACGAGCCAUUCAGGUUCAUCUGGCCGCAAGUUCGCUUAAUUCGUCACACUGUUACAUUUUGCAAGACGGUGCUUCUUUCUUUACGUGGCUAGGAAGUCUUUCCUCACCCAGUGACCAUGUUCUACUUGAUAGAAUGAUGGAUAGGUUGUGUCCACUGAAGCAAUCAUCGCUAGUAAGAGAAGGUUCUGAAACUGACCGUUUCUGGACAACAUUAGGAGGAAGAUCAGAAUACUCCAAAGAAAAGCGUAUCAAGGGUUGGCCAACAGAUCCACAUCUGUAUACGUGUACUUUUCAACAAUGUCUGUUCAAGGCAAAGGAGGUAUUCAGCUUCUCGCAGGAUGAUCUGGCAACGGAGGAGACCUUGAUACUGGACUGCGGCGAAGAAAUCUACGUCUGGGUUGGACUUCACUCAGGUGUCACGUCCAAGGAGCACGCCCUCGACUUCGGCAAGAUGUUCCUUCAGGCAGGCAUUGCUCGGGAUGGACCACGGUCGGUCACUGAGACAACCGUGUAUGCUGUCGCGGAAGGGGAUGAACCUGCAUUUUUCACCAGCUUCUUCAAUUGGGAUAGCUCAAAACAAGCUGCAGCUAUGCUGGGCAACUCAUUUGAGAGGAAGCUGGCAAUGCUGAAAGGGCUUUCACCAAAAUUGGAGUCACCGGACAGGAGCUUGCGCAAGUCUUCGUCGCGAAGACAGGGGAUGUCGUCAGAGCCGACGACGCCGGAGCAGCAGCAGCAGCAGCAGCCGGCGGCGAGGAGGACGUUCGGUUCUGCCUCUGCCGGGAGGACCGCUAGGGAGAGACUGCCACCAUCUUCAUCCGCAGCGUCGCCGUCGCCGGCAACACCUUCCUGGUCUCUCAAGAGCCGAGGGUCGUCGUCGCCGUCGACGCCAGCCACGGCACGGCGGCUUUUCCCUUCCUCGCUGCACGCACCGGGGACAGCGGCCGCACAUCUCCCAUCCCCUACGGCCAUAGGGAGUCCUGGUCGACGACGGUGAGCAGAGCUCCCCGGUGCACACCGGAGGAGGAUAAGUGAUACCUGUACCUGUACCGUAACAUACGCCCGAUAUUUGCUUGCCCUAGGGGAUGAACUGCAGUCAAAGUCCUCCAUCACAGAACGUGAUUUCGCCU